AUACGCGGCGGUUGUCGCGCUGGAGCCGUGGCUGAACCAGCGGGCGGCGGAAACGGAUCCUCUUAUCGGACGACAAUUCGCGACCACCGACGACGAGGAUGGCGAGGUGCACGUAAACGAGCGUAACGGCCGCAUCAACGACGACGACGUGUAACGCGACGGUUGAAGCGGGGCGAUGCGGGGCAGUGGCGAGUGUGCUUCUCUCUUGCUCCCGCACGCGUGUCCAUCGGGAGCGGGGCAGUGACUCGCGGCGCGCGCGGGGCCAGGGUCGCCCGCGGUCUCCCGGAGCGAGGGAACGGGCGAACGGCGGGCGCAACGCGACCGGGGGUACCACGGCGAGCGGGGCCCUACGCGCAGUAUGGGAAUAACCCGUCGGACGACGGCACGCAGCAACGCUCCGAUCCGCGGCGUUAUCCACGACGGAGCGACGACGGCCGUCGGGUCGUCCGCCGUCGCACGGUACACGGGACGACGAUGAUGAUGAUACGGUACAACGGUCGCCGGUGAUCCCAUUGGGCGAAGGGAGAAAGUGAGCGGGCGAAAGCGAGAGUGAUCAGAGCGAGCAUCCGUCAUGUUUCACUAUCUGCAUCUCAGGAGUCGUCUUCUGCAGACCCUGAUCCUCGCGCUAAUCGGUCUGACCUUCUACGCGUACUAUCGCACUACUAUGUACGAUGUCCACCAAUUCAGCCUGCCACGAAACAUCAGCCACCAAGAAGGCCUCCACGCACAGCCGAAUCUCAGCGUAGACGUGCGACUGACUGCAGCAGCAUCCAAGAAUUCCAGCUCGGACUCCAGUGUAGUUGUUCUCAGUCCGUACGCAGCACACAACGUAAGCAAUCCCGCCAUCCUUAUCACGACGUUGUCAACGUCCUCGAGCGCGCAAUCCUCGUCCGCGUCGUUCUCCGCGAGCACGUCCGUCAACAACUCGAAACAGGCGGGCGAGAAACUCGCCUCACUGCGGACGGCAAGAGCCGGCAACGCGACCGCCAGGUUGGUGCGCAACGAUUCAGCACGCGCCAUAUACGAGCCUGGACACACGGUGUCGAUUCCCGAGCGUUGCCCGCACCACGGCCGCGACAUGGACCUGGUGGUGAUCGUGAUGUCCGCGCCGACACACCUCGAGGCGCGCACGGCGAUCCGCCAGACUUGGGGUCACUUCGGCCAGCGCAGAGACAUGAGCGUGCUCUUCAUGCUCGGUACCACCCUCGAUCCUAGGAUAGAAGCGGUGCUGCGCAAGGAGCAGAACAUGUACAACGACGUGAUACGCGGCCGCUUCGUCGACACGUACUCGAAUCUCACGUUGAAGACCAUCUCGACGCUGGAAUGGGUGGACAGUCACUGCUCCGAGGUGAGAUACCUGCUGAAGGCCGACGACGACAUGUUCAUCAACGUGCCGCGACUACUAGCGUUCGUGAACAAGCACGCAAAGGACCGGAACGUGAUAUUCGGUCGACUGGCUAGGAAGUGGAAGCCGAUCAGGAACCGAAAGAGCAAGUACUACGUGUCGCAGGCGCAGUUCCAGCAAUCGGUAUUCCCGGACUUCACCACCGGGCCAGCGUAUCUGCUGUCGAACGACACGGUGCGCCGCUUGUACAACGCCGCCCUGGAUCAGACGUACCUGAAGCUCGAGGACGUGUUUACCACGGGCAUCGUCGCGCAUAGGCUCGGUAUCAAGCGCUCGCACGCCAACGAGUUCCUGAACAAACGGAUACAGUACACGGCCUGCAACAUUCAGCGUGGCAUCAGUAUACACAUGGUCAAGUACAGCGAGCAGUUCGAUCUCUGGAAGAAGCUGCUCGACGGUAAGAGCAAGUGCAAGUGAUAACCAGCGAGGGUGAAGACGAAGGUCCUGCGCUUGACCCUGGCGGACCAAGCGGCACGACCGUUACCGCCUUUAAUACGACUCGAGUGCCCGAUUGAACACCGACCAGCCGGCGCGGGACUACUCGCCGUUUCACUGGCGGCCACGCAUACGUAAAAAAACACGUAUACGCAACACAUAUAUACACACAUGCACAUUUAAUCCAAGUGUGAGUGAAUCCAGUGGUACCCGUGGAAAGUGUAGUCGAAGAUUGUGCGCCGCAAAACGCGAGGCCGUAGAGAUUUCGCCGCUUAGAUUUUUACAUGACGCACCAAUCAUCUCACGACUGUUGCCCGGGCGCUUCUCACUGGGGUCGGACGAAAGUGGUAAUCUGCAUCUCGGCGAGAAAAAUUAUUCUCAAGAGAGUUCGGAGGAGGGAAUCUUUAGCGCGUCUCUUUUUGAUAUCUCCCUGAAUUCCAAAGAAAUAUUUUAAUUACUCUGUGCGUAGAAUUAAUGUAAAACUAUUUUCUAAUAUGUAGAAAUUUCACUUUCAUGACGCGGAGAGACGUCUCUCGCGCGUGCAAGAGUCACGGGGAGAUUUUCUGUAGCUUUUCCUCGACCUCUGGCUUUCUUCGUGUAAUAUCGUGGUGCUAAGAUCUUCUCUCAUGAAUAUUCACGAUUCACCCGUGCUUUUUCAUCGCACAUCUCAUGCGCGACGCAUAGUCUCGUAUUUAUACGGACCAUAUCCUUCGCGCAGAAGCGGAUAGCCACAUCCGGCGUUAAGUGUGCGGAAAAAAUGCGGGCAAAUAUUUUUACGACAUAGAACGUAUAGAAUGAGAACGCUGCCGUUCUCGCAAGGGGAUUCUCACUAGCGAUUCCUUUGUGCGAACGACAGCGUCAUCGGUUACACGUGUACUCAUCGACUUCCAAACUGCAGUGUAACCAGGUCAAAGUAACAAUAUCUGACAGGAUGUAUCGAGUAUCAUAUGCUUUCUCUCAGCGUGGGAGAAUCUGUAAACGAUUUUUCCUUAACGAACACUCAGGCUUUCUGGUGAAUCAUUUUUUUAUUUUAGCAAUAUCGCGAACUUGUAUUUUUCUUUUCCUUCUUUGGAUUCAAUAUUACGAAAUUUUACUUUCUCUUUCACGGAGAUCAAUUUAACGUUUGCUGCCGAAUAUUAAGAGUCUGUUUUACUGAUUUUCAAGAAGGAGAAAUCGGACUCGUAUUCGCUAAGAGGACUGCGUUUAACGUCACGAGAGUCUUAUCUCCGAUCGGGAUAAUUGCGCGAAACGGGAUAACGCGACGAUGAUAAAAUGAACAAUCAUCGCUUUCUACCUACUACUACUGUACGAUGAUUAUUAAAUAAGCAUUUGCAACGUUCUAAUGAUUUUAUGAUGAUUGUUAAUUUGACGAUCGCCGUCACGUUUGCCCGAUCUCACGAGGCAUGCAAUCUCGCUGCUAAGAAUGUACAUAUACUGAAACGAUGUGGUUUAUAUAAUUAAUAACGCCUUCGCUCGUUGCGAGAGAGUUUAAUUCCGCGGGGAAUCAUGGCACGCAUAUUGCACCGAUCCGACAACGCAAUACCCCCGCGAGGCGUAAAGUAAAAUGUGUCACGAGAGCGCCCCGAACCGCUUCCCGCUAAUCCUCUGAAUAUUAUCUAGUCAUCGUCUAGAUAAUACACCGCGGACGAACGGUGCGCCCGAUAUCAACCAUCGUCGUCACCGUCAUGUAUCCGCGGUCCCCGUUAUCAGACUUUUUUUCGUAUCCUGCGGAAGUAUCGUUUUAUAUUUCCGUUCCCGGUGCCAUACGUCUGUAGCGCGAUUAUAGAGAACUUUCCGGGUCCCGAAACGCGAUGAUGUGUAAAAAUAAUGUCAAGAAAAUGAAUUAGUCGAAGGGAAAUGAAACGAUGUGAUAAUGAUGAGAUGAGAUUGACUGUCGUUAAUCUUUUGAUGACUUGUUCUUAUGGUUGUGAAAUAGAUAAUUAGAAGAUUUUAAUUAAUACUAAAUAUAUAUCUAUAUACAUACAGUUAUAUGUAUUUUAUUUCAUAAUAUAAAGACAUUUUUAUUGAGUACAUGCUUCGUGAAUACUUUUUAAAUAUCGAUUUUAUACCACUGGGAAAUCAUUGUAAUAUUUUUAUCUCAUCUCAUUUCCCGUUGCCCCUAAUUGAUUGCUCUAGUUCAUUGCCUCUUGGGACACGCGUCAAGUUGUAUUCCUAGUGCGUCAAGCUUGCGAAAAGCGUAUAUUUUUAUAGUCAUCUUUAUUUUACACAGCUCUUUCAUUAUUUCUCUUUUCAUCUUCUAAAUUUUCUUCAUAAAUUUUCUAUGAAAAUUGCCGACAAGCUUUUUCACGAUGAAUUUUUGCAUCAUUUGUCUUGGAGAAUUUUGAACAAACUCGGUUUUAUUAUAAUAUAUGACUCUCGUUGAUAAGCGAAAGACGAGAGUGCGCUUUUUCGUUUUUCAUGGGCGAAAAAUCUCGCGCGCACGCGAAUUGUCGCGAGUUAACGAGCCCCGAAGAUCAGGCCAAGGUUCUUCUGCUCGUUGCGAACUGUGCACUCUGUGCGCAGCAGUGCUCCAUUUGUGUCCUUGGCACGAUUUUUCACCACCGCCACACGUUGAAGCGCGAGAGAAGCGAAGAGACUCCGCGCAAUAAUCGUAAUUGUCCGUGUCGGGGCCGAAGGGAUGUCGUUCCACAAUUUCGAUUGCGAAGUGCGGCGCGUGGUGUAAUCUUCCCUGCGGUCCUGAACGAAAGGAGAACGUGCGGCGUACCAGGCUCGACCCUGACGAAACUGAUAUCUACGCGAUCGAUGCGCUUAGUCUGCAGUAUCCCACUGAACAAUCGUGUAUCCGCGAGAAUCGAUUUCACCGAGUUAACGCGCUAAAGAGAAAUAACAGAGCGAGCGGUGGAGGAUAGACGCGAGCGGAAAGCGAAAACGAUUAGAUCAGCUGUGUUGAGUCACGCGAAAUGCAUGAUUCGCCUGUUUCGAAUUCAGCAUUGAUCGGAGGUCGGAUUCGUCGAAGAGACACGUCUCGGGAUGACUUCGGGAAUCGCUUCUUUGCGGAUGAGCUUGGGACGUAGGAAGCGCGUCGAAGGCCGUUCCUACGUCUCAAGUAUCGUUGCGGCACAAGAAAUCGACACAGCAUUGUUUCCCGGCAAGAAAUUCAAAUUAGAAACAUUUUUAGUUGCAGUUUCGACACGAUAGUACUUACAUGUUAGAGAUCUGCGCGCGUGUAUUGUAUCAUAAUCGAUUAUACAUACGUAUACAUAUGUUCUCUCUCUCGCUUUCUCGCGCGUUUACAUAGACACGUCGCAUGAUCAUUGCGUAUCCGGAGAUAACAAUUGUCGCACACAUUCAUCGUAACGCACGAUCGUAACGUGCGACGCGGUAAUAAUUUAUUUCCAUUCCUCCCUCUCCACUUUAGAUUAACUAGUUAAGUAAGUCCCGUAGACGAUUGCAUUUUAUUUUUUUAUGCGUGUUCUAUUACCAGUAUGUCUGUAAAUGCCUGAUCGAUUUCGUUGUUACGUUACUCGUCCAGCGCAAUCAGAGAGGUGACUGACUUGAAAUGUCGAUUGUGCGAUCUUGAGUCCUCACCUGGCUUAGUUCUUCGCGUUCGAAGCAAUUUUUCCUUCCUGUUACGCUUUCUAAAAAACGAGCGAAAAUCAGAAGUUAAAAUCUUCCCACGGAAGAUGUUGAUAACUUGAUAUGACGUAAUUCCGUUCGUGAUUCAAAGCACAUUUAUUAUUUAUAGAGAAAGUGUGUAUAUAUUUUUACUACAUAUAUUGUAUACAUAUAUUCGAAAGAUUAGAUUUCAUAAAUUCGAGCGCGAAGAUUUAAGCGAAAUGGACAUAUCUCAGGCUCGUUACGCUUUUGUCGCAUUGCGAAAUGUAACGCAAUUCGCGCAGGACGUCCGGCACGUGUCAAUGAAAUUAACGUUUAUGUUGCGAAACGAAAGCAAGGCGAAUAGGUGAAUUAAGUGCACAUGUGUCGGACGUGUUAAGACCUAAUAGCGAUACGUAAUUUUUUAUUUUGCAAUACGAACAGAGUCUCAUAUACUCAUAAACCUCUCAACUAUUUUAUUGUAUAUUACAUAUUUUGUUAUAUGUAAUACUUGUUAAAGAAGAAGGAAUCUGUGAGAAAUACAUGUUAAAAUCUGUAGAAACUCGCGAGGAAUCUGAAAGUGCUUCGUGAAAAUUGUUUUUCACAAAAUUGUCAAGCUUCUAGAGACUCUCGGGAUGCCUGAUAAAGAAUUGUAAUAUCACAUAAAAAUAUCUUUGUGAUUCAAAUCUCAACAAAAACAUUCGUUCCACUUAAAAAUGUUCAUAAACGCUCGGAAAAGCGUCCUUCACUUGUACAUCUUACAUGAGACUGACGUUCAUCAUAAAGCGGUACGACUGCUUUUUAUUAUCCACAUCAUCGUAGAAUUAUGUGUAUGUAACGUUAACGAUUUGCGAGGCAGAAAGGAAAGAAAAUUCUCACGAAUGUAUUCGCACGUUUCGCGCAAUAUCGCGGAUCGUCUAUCUUUCGAGCGACUUGAGAUCUUUCAUACGGUUUUACUGUCACUUUUAGUGAUCAGCGAAUGUGUCGUUUAGCAUUUAGCGCGAGUGCUGCGAAGAUUCGAGUCACCUAGAGGAAGCUCGAAGAAACGAACGCGAUCAGAACAUUACCCACAUUCAUCCCGCCUAUAUCUCUUUACUGGGAAUGUUUCCGAUCGCGCACAUGCGUUCCAGAACUACGAGCGUGUACUUUGUUUUUUCAUUUAUAUCGUAUCACUCGGAUGUGACAAAUGCUCAACCAUCGUUUGAAGAAUAUAAGCUCUUUGCUCACA